AUGAGUCUCAAGGUCCUCAUUGUGGCGAUAUGCCUCACCGUCUCGGAGGCAAGUAACAUAGCUUACUCACAUCAAGUACCCGCUCCUCCCGUGGCACCAACAGCAUUCUACACCUUUCAGCCAUACUCUACUCUAGGUCUGGUGCCAACUACCUACACCUACGCUCAGAAGCUAGCGGCUCCUCUACCCCUGGCGCUCCCUUUCACAAGGGGCGUCUCUUUCUACCCCCAACGUGCGGGGUUUCAGCGUCUGGCUGCCCGACUACCCCAACAACCCCUUUUCGUGGUGCCACUCCAAGGGCAGCCCCGGUCUCCACUACCAGCAUCCCCCUUGCUGACACUGGCUCAGAGGCCGAUAGUGGUGCCUCAGCUGUACACUGCAGCCAGCAUUAGGCAAGGACACACACAACACGGGGUCCAAGUUCAAAAACCGCUUCAGGAGGCCUACUCAGCGAUCCCACUGACACCCCUACCGAUUGAGUCACCGACAGAUACCGUGGAGGUGGGCGCAGACGCAGGGUCCGGACAGGGCCAUUGUCAGAACGACCAUGGACACGAUAAAGGCCACGGAUACGAUAAAAGCCAUGGAUAUAGUAAAGGCGACGGAUACGAUAAAGGCCAUGGACACGACAAAGAUCACAGCUCCACGAAGGAGGCCUACGAAUUCGGCUACGAGGUGAACGACGCCUCAACGGGGGAUUCGAAGCGCCACGUGGAGAAGCUGGAGAACGGGGUCGUCGAGGGGAGCUACAGCCUGGUGGACCCGGACGGGACGGUGCGGACCGUGGACUACAGGGCCGACGACGUCCACGGUUUCAACGCGGUAGUCCGGAAGGAGCCCCUGGUCCCGCCGAUCGCCGCCCAGCCCGUCCCGGUCGGCCCGAGCCCCAACCCGGAUCUCGACGUCCCUGCCAACGACUACGAAGAGCUCGCAUUCGGGGAUGAAGAUGUCGUUAUUGAAGCCAACUGACAGCCGACAAAAAGUGUUUGACAAGAAGUUCCCGAGGACUUCAUCGCUGCUCUGUCGUAAGGGCGUAUUGCGAUUCCUGCAAGGGCUCUAGUAUGCAUAGAGUUGAAUGUGUUACUGCAGACCGAUUUUUGAAAUUGAUAGACAAAGCUAUAGACAUGCAAAGAAGACAAAAGAGACACGAGGGGAUCCGAUUGGUGGAAGCGAGGUUAGUGCGAGGUCUCUAGUCUCUAGAAUAUAUUGUUGAAUAUAUUGUAAGACGUAUGAUCACAUGAGUUCGUCAACAGGUUGAUUUUUUCAAUUGAUAGGAAAAACGAUAUACAAAAAAGACGAAAA